AUGUCCUCAUCAUUGAAGCUGCCAAUGGUCCAUCGCCAAUGCCUCUGGUCCCCCAUUCCAAACUUGAUUACUGUUCCAGGCUUCAGGACCUUGAAACCUGGUGGGUCCCAGUUUACACUGAAACCCACGCAGGUUCGGGACUGGCCAAAUUUUACAAGGGAAAUCAAGGAACUCCUAGGCCCAUGCUGUGGCAAGUAUGAGGCCUUUGUGCCUGUUAUACCUCGAGAGGUCUUUGGCGUGGCCAACGAAUUGGGGGUGCAGGGACGUUUUGUCAACAACGCCCUGCACCCCGUGGGCGAGAUCGCCAACCUGCUAAGGUUAGGUGUCUGUUUUGGAGACCCACAAUACGGUAUAAACAGACGCCAGGAUGAGAUCAAGAAAGGGAAGAAGCGGAAGCACGGAGCGCAGAAGACAGACGGUGUGAAAGGCAAGCUUGUGCCGGAUCUCGUCCUAGUAGAUGGCAAGACACAUGCCAUCAGAGUACUAGGCGAGGUGAAGACUUUCUGGGCAUUUACUCCCAAGAAGCAUCAGACAUGGCAUGAGUUUAUCUGCGACAAGCUAGGUCAGCUUGCCAGGUAUAUGGACGACCACUAUACUCGGUACGGAUUUUUUACAAUCUACGAGUAUACGUGGUUCGUCAAGCGAAUUGACGACACCCACUUUGCCAUGUCCCCACCUAUAAGCACAACAGCACAGUCAUCUGCAAAUAGCGUUUCACUGCGAGAAUGUCUUCUUGCGAUAGCCCUUAGGGCUUCAGAUGAUAGAGCAAGCUACUACGGUACAAGGCACGGUUCGAAAUUGACUGUUCGUGGAUACCGGCCUAUGCGUAUAGAUCGCAGGGUGAGGCUGAAGCGGGCUCAGUAA